GGGAACCUGCUGCUGCUGCUCCGAGCCGCCCGCAGCCGGAGGGACGGGCCAGCGACACUGGCCAGACCCCCACAAGGUCUGUCCCCUCCUUGCCGUGCACACUCAGCCCGUUUGAUUGCUCGGACUUGCUUUCCUGCCGGACGCUGGUGGGGGGAAGAUGCAGCCAAUCGCUUCCACCUGGAUAAGCCCCCCGUCGCCCUCCCCCUUAGCUGGACCCUUUGAUUAACGUGUCCGACCCUUCCCCGCCUGCCCUCUCCGCACAGGUAAGAUGAACUUUAUUUCGGAGCCUUGAACAGUAACUAAGAACUCUUCGCAGCCCUGCACAGCCCGCUCUGGGCGGGGAGCCUGGGGGAGAAGCAUCUGGCCCCCCGCAAGCGGCUGGAAAUGAAGUAGACUUCGACACGGGGAGGGAGGAUCAGCGGCUUGCUGCUUAUACAAGACCCAAACAAAACAAAGGACAGAGACGCUGCCCGUCCCCCGUUCCCCCCCCCCCCGUUGCUUCUGUCGCUCUAGUAAACAGAAGUCAUGGGAGCUAGAGGCGGCUGCUGCUGCUGAUUGAAUUAAGCUUUGCCACUAGCUCCCCUGGCAGGAGGCUACAGACUUGCCAGGUGCAGUGGCCGGCCCCUGAGUUUCUGGGUGACUCCUAGCAGGGAGCACGGGCAGCUGGGUUUGAUGUUUAACCUGGAGAACCCGUUCACGGAGAGGGGGCGCUUCUUCUCUUCCAUGGAGUACCAGCACCAGCUGGAAGAGGAGGGUUACCCGCCUCCUGGCAGCAACGGGAGCCUGAAUGAGAGUGAGGUCGGGCCAAGAGGUGGUACCCCUUACCCUCUCCACACCACUCUCACCCUCAUCAGCCUGGCAGGGCUGCUCAUGCUCUUCACCAUCUUCGGCAACGUGCUGGUCAUCAUUGCCGUCUUCACCAGCCGUGGGCUCAAGGCUCCCCAGAACCUCUUCCUGGUCUCCCUGGCCUCAGCUGACAUCCUGGUGGCCACGCUGGUCAUCCCUUUCUCACUGGCCAACGAAGUGAUGGGCUACUGGUACUUUGGCAAGGUCUGGUGCGAGAUCUACCUGGCCUUGGACGUGCUAUUCUGCACCUCCUCCAUCGUGCACCUGUGUGCCAUCAGCCUGGACCGCUACUGGUCCAUCACCCAGGCCAUCGAAUAUAACCUCAAGCGCACACCGCGCCGCAUCAAAUGCAUCAUCUUCAUCGUCUGGGUCAUCUCAGCUGUCAUCUCAUUCCCGCCCCUUAUCUCCAUUGAGAAGAAGAAUGGGCAGCAGGCUGACCAGCGGGCAGCUGGGUGCAAGAUCAACAAUGAGAAGUGGUACAUCAUCUCCUCCUGCAUCGGCUCCUUCUUCGCCCCCUGCCUCAUCAUGAUCCUGGUCUAUAUACGUAUCUAUCAGAUUGCCAAGAGGAGAACCAGGGUGCCCCCCAGCAAAAGAGGAGAACACCCCAAUAAGAGGCAAAAUGGCUUGGCAGACAAGGAGGAGCUGCCAGCAGCAGCCAAGCUCAAUGGGGAGAAGCUGACAGAGGGAGGAGGAGGGGAAGGAGGGCAGGAGAGGGAGCUAAAUGGCAUAGACAUGGAGGAGACUUCCUCCUCGGAGCACAAUGAGAACCAUCAGUGCAGGAAGCAGGGGAGGCCCCAGAGAUGCAAGGGCAAGACCAAAUUGAGCCAGAUCAAGCCUGGGGACAGCUUGCCCAGGAGGAUGGAGGAGGAGAGGAAUGCCAAAGCAUCCCGGUGGAGGGGCAGGCAGAACCGGGAGAAGCGCUUUACCUUUGUGCUGGCAGUGGUGAUCGGGGUCUUUGUCAUAUGCUGGUUUCCCUUUUUCUUCACCUACACACUCACCGCUGUCUGCAAGAGCUGCUCCGUGCCUGACACCCUCUUCAAGUUCUUCUUCUGGUUUGGUUAUUGCAACAGCUCUCUGAACCCUGUCAUCUACACCAUCUUCAACCAGGACUUCAGGAGGGCCUUCAAAAAGAUCCUCUGCAGAAUAGACAGGAAAAGGAUUGUUUGAUGAACAGACCCUUUUCUGUCAGCAUGACUGGUGACUAAAGGCUCUCCCAUGUGAGGGUGAUGCACACCUGCCUUGGGCUGGAUUUGCAAGUGAAUAGUUUCCUCUGAUGUGCAGGUGGGACCCCUUUAAAAACUGAGAUGAAACUAUUAAAACACCAAGCAACAACAACAAAGCAAGCAAGGGAAACACACAGCCUCAGCAUUUGGGUUUGCUAGUGAAUCAUUUCUGGCUUUGGAUGGGUUCAUGACUUAUAAGCUUAACUCUUUGAAAACUUAAAUGAAAUUCAGAAAUCAACAACAAAGAGAAAAUAUACAGGCCCACAUAAGCUAUUUUUUUGGAUGUGUAAUUAACUUUAAACUCCUUGUAAAAAUACAGUAUUCCAUCCCUGAGAUCUGUCUUAAUUUUUGUAAGGCAGUCAGCUUUGAAACUAAGAAUGCUUUAAAUAGUCUUGACAACUUGAAGCGUAAAAACAAUUGGAGCCAUCUCAUCAACCCUGUGGUUUGAUAGUAUUACCAAGAUUUCCCAUGUGCUAUUGGAUUUUUGGCCGUAAAGCUUGUAAGUGCAGACCUGACCACAUUGGAGGAUUUUUUUUUAUGUAUGUGAUUCUGUUUCCUUGUUUGCUCACUAUUAUUUAGUAUUGCUGAAAAGGUAACAUUCCUAACCGGGGGGGGGCGGGAAACCAAACAGUUUCACAAUGCAAUCAGAAAUGAUCCAAAAGAUUGAGAACAAUGAGCUCAUUUUGCUUGCAAUGUGAUGCUUGAGAGCAAUCAAGUUCUUAAAGAGUUAAUAGAAAGUAAUAUCCCCUUACCUUACAGCACGGAAAUCUGUUCAAUGCUAACUUAUUUUCCCCACCCUGAUUGUAAAUAGAUAACAACAUUUUUAAAGUAAAUAUCAGGGUUACAUAUCAUGUUAUCUGAUUUGUAUUGAUUUUUGACAUUUUAAUUCCUGCUGGGUUUCCUGCACAAGAAACCGGGUUUCAUGCACAAAAGCAAUUCUGCCUUUUUGAGUAACCUGAUAAGAUUAAGUUUUUAAUUUUCUAGUUUCAUCUUCAGUGGAGACUGGUGAACUGUCCAUUUUUUAUCUGAAUCUUAUACAGGACAACCCUUUAAAACAGGAAACUUACAUACAGUUUCUCCUAUAUUUUAUGGUGUACUUAUGCUUUUUUUUUUUAAAAAAUGUGUAAAUAUCAUUAUAUUGGAAUGGGAAAAGAAAGAGUUAAUAUUAAAAUACCACCUUUUCAGAAGUAUCUAUUAUAAACAACAAAUCUAACAUCCUCGUGCCAUGAGAAAAACUUCCUGAAGAAUAUUAAAAAGGAAAAACUUCUUUGCCAUUCACAAUAAACUAUGGGGAAACCUUUUAACGUUAUAACAGCUUCGUUUAAAUACUGACAGGUCACAGAAAUGAUGUGGAAUACGAAACAUUUGUUUAAAUCACCCCAUUGUAAACUGAAUUUGAUUGGACAGCAGCUGUCAAAUGUACUGUAGCGGACUUAAAGGAGAAAGAGAGCUUUUUAUUUCUAAGAGUGAGUUUUAUUCCUUUUACUCUUGUUUUUGCUGUAUUUAACUACAAAGGUCCCAUGGCAAAUUAUGGGAGUUGGACACCAAUGUUUACAUCCACAUAAGUUUUCAAAGCUGAAUCCUUGUGAGGUGAGAAAAAAAGCAAACUUUCCUUUACUUUUAAAAAUAAAAAGUUGGCAGCAGUUGCUAUAAUGGAUUUUUUUAUUAAAUA